AUGGCUCCAAGGAGAAGACUUGAAAGAAGGAAGUUCUUCGAGAUUCUCGACAACUACUACCCCCUGGGAACAAUCGAGGAGCCUUACCACGUCAAAUAUUCCAAGCCCAGUAGCAUGAGUGAGAGGUUCCUCAAAAGGGACCUGGAGAUCCGCAAUUACCUGAAAUGUGGGCCGGGGAAGAUGUUCAUCAUUCUGCCUAUGGAUCUCUAUUUCGACCAUCGGAUGGGUUUGCUUAACACGAGGCACUUUGACCCCCAAAUGCCGGGAUCGAGCCUCGUUGUUGUCAGGACCAGAGAAGUCAUUGAUCUUAACCCUGAUUUGAUCGAUGGGGUGGACCAGAGGGAAACUGACCAGGUAGUCCAGACAUUGAACGAGAUGUUUGGAACCCAAGUAUUUCGAGAUCCUGAGGCAAUGUUCGUGGUCUUGCCCCGCUACGCAGCUGGUAAUGAAGGCGUGGCUAUUGAAGGCGAGUCCGAGCGGCAUCCCAGGGCCGGUGCGACGGUGUUGACGAGAUAUUGGGUGACAGAACGCCUUGUCGAUAAACCGCGAAUCAGUAGUCAUUCUUUCUUUGAAGACUUUUUUAAAGAGGGCGACAAUAUCGAUUGAUCGAUAUCCUUGCUCGUUGGUGAUAAAUUAUCUUAUUAUGUUUUCGCUCGAGAAAUGGCAAAGAUACGAGCCUGUUGUUUAGUUGAAAUCACCAGGAUGUCGGAUGACUGAUUCAUUCGAAAUUGUGACCUUGAGAUUUGAAAAUGAUCUCCUACAGUUCUAUUUACUUAAUUUUAUUUCGGUUUCUACCGC